AUGCCUAUUUCCAAGAAGGACAGAAUCCAGCGCGAGCAUAAGAAGGCCGACAAGGCUGGCACCCGCGCGCCGGUCAAGGCAAACGGCCUUCCCGUCAAGGCGCCUAAGCCGACGUCCAUCUGCCAGAACUGUCGCCGCGAGAUCGUUAACACCAACAAGGCGCAGCUCGAGGCCCAUGCCGCUAGCCACGACGCCACGCUGUGGCCUAAGGAGAAGUGCUGGCCAAACGACUUCUGA